AUUAAUUUCUGUGGGGAAAAAUAAUAAUUCAUCUCCCUUCUUGAGCACCCGUCGUCAACCAUCGCCAACCAUGACGAAAAAGAAGAAGAGGCAAAAUCCUGAAGCUGAGGACCUCCUCGCCCGGCCAUGGUGCUACUACUGCGAACGUGACUUUGACGACUUGAAAAUACUAAUCGCACAUCAAAAAGCAAAGCAUUACAAGUGUGAGCGAUGCGGACGGCGGUUAAAUACAGCAGGCGGACUGCGCGUCCACAUGGAACAAGUGCACAAGGAGCAACUUGAAGCCGUGGAUAACGCCCUAGCAGGUCGGGAAUCGAUAGACCUGGAGAUAUUCGGGACAGAGGGGAUACCGGAGAAUGAGGUGAAUGCGCACAAUCAGAGAAUUCUAGCUGCCGUAGCGCAGAGAGAAGCCGAUCGCCGGGCGGCGAGCGGGCAAUCUGGGAAUACGCCCAAGAGGCCAAAGGUCGACAUUAGCAGGGACUUGGACCCAGAGAAUAUUAAGAAGAAGUUGGAGGCGCAUAAGAAGGCCAUGGCUGCUGCGGCUGCAGGCAGUGGAGUUGCGGGCGCUGGGCCGGGGGGUGUGAGCCCAGUGUCAGCUGUGGGUGGGAGAAGUGCGAGUCCAGGGAAAGCGGGCGGGUAUGAGCAGCAGCAGCCACCGGCUGCUGGAUUUCAAAAUCCGGCCCCGGCCCCUUUUCAACAGGGUGCGUAUCCAGUUCCGCAGGCACCUGCAUACCCUGCUGCACCAGUCUAUUCUCCGCAGGGCCAGGCAACUUAUCCAGCACCUUAUCAUCAACCACCCUUCCAGCAACCCCCGGCAUCUUUUGGUCGAGGAGCUCCCGUUCCACCUGGUCCGGGAUACACCAACUUUCAACCUUCGGGUCCUCAUGCUGCACAACCUCCUUUUGGUCCAAAUGGUGGACCCGGGUAUAACCCAAAUCCGCACAAUCAGUUCCAAUCCCAGCAGGGACCACCGCCCCCGCAACAACAUAUUCCACGUGCUCCAUCUUCCCUCCCUCAGCCCCACCAAAUUCCUGGCCUUCCCCCACGGCCCAACGCGCCUGGACUCCCACCCCGACCUAAUUUCAGCGGUGCACCCAUGAACAAUCCCGGCUUUGGCCGCGGGGGCGGAGGUUGGAACCAACAGCAGCAACAAGGACAAGGUCAAAUGUACCCUCAAACCGGUGGAGCUAACUCUAGUUUCGCCGGAGCGGGGGGUUACACACCAAACGGCCCUCUACCGCAAUCAUAUAACCAACCAUCUUAUCCACAACAGCAGCAGCAACCGCAGCUCGUGAGCCAUAGUUAUCAGCCACACAACACCAACGGCCACGGUCACGCGCACGGCAGAGGCGGGGGUCCCAUCACCGAGGAAAACAAGCCCGCGCUGGAAACUACCCAGAGUCGUCUUCCCGACGCCCAACCUGCCGAAAAGAAAAAGGGCGAGAGGGAGAAGCCUAAGAGGGAGACUAAAAUGGUGUAUGCGGAUAAUGAGAUCAGUCCCGAUGAAAAGAGAGCAAUGCUACCGAGGUACGAGUAUCAUCCUCCCAAGACGGUUGAGGUUUCGAAUUAGUUGCGUGAGCACCUUACCUUACCUUACCUUACCGGCGGGGGGAAUUGAAAUUGAGAGAAAGUGAGUGUGGAGGCCUGUGGCUUAUUUUCACCAUAUUGUUCUUGGGGUUUUAUUCGGCGUUUACCAUUUUUCCUCGCUUCUUCCCCCGACCUCCGUUAUGCCCUACGGCUUCGGGACACACAACGGCGAGUAACAAUUGUUUCAAAAACUCCUUUUUAUCUUAUCGACCAGGCAUCUCAUUCGUUAUCACUCUACAACUGUCUACCCACCGACGAGAUGAGAAGAGACCGAGUAGAAAAAGAAAUGAAAAGAAACGCAAAAUGCAAAAACCUAAUGGCGGUCAGUCGUAGUCUUUCUUAAGUGUUGCAAUGUCCUGUUUUGUUGUCGUUUGGUCUGGUUUUUUGUUAGUUUUGUUUCCUUUUUUCUGCGCGCAUCAUAUCAUACUUUCCUCCUCA